UAAUGUUCUCGUCAAAAUGCAUGUGUUUAUGUGUGCUGUAGUGGGAUGUCAUACAAGAUUAUAAUGACACAGUGGUUACCAUAUGUGUAUCUUGGGUUGAUAUCAAUUUCACCUUGUUGUGGGUUUUGGUGUUGGAAAAUAAUUUUUAGAGCAUAGUUUGUCAAUCUUUUGUAAUCAGUUAAUUCAGUUAAAAACAAAAAGAUAUUGAGCAGGUUCAAAGUUUUGUCAUGGUUUAUAUAUUAUGCACCCAUAUGGGAUUUACGCAAAAAAGUACACUUGAUAACCUGUAUUUUCCAGAUGGAAAAUUAAUAUGAAUUUACAAAGCAAUAAUUGAUAGUUACCAAAAAGGACUUUAAAAAAAUGCCAAGUAAAGGAUUUAAGUCAAAACUACAGGAAUGACUUUACUAUUGGAAAGAAAGAAACUUUCUGUGUGAAUUUAUGAAAGAUCAGCUUACGUGUAUACAUAUUAGCCAUGGAAACAGACAUGAUUCACAUAGUGCAAAGACAGGAUUCAGGACCUGAUCUGUACCAAGCCAUGGAGUGUAAGAUUGACCUAAAGACGUAUUCGUCACCGUAUGGGAAUAUUUUUGAAAGUUGCGAGGAAACUUAUGCUCAGGUCGUGUAUGAAACCGAGCUUGCCCUGGAUCUCGGUCAGAAACCAAAACUCAGUGAGAAGGGAAGCAGUGGAUGUUACUUUGUUUAUAAUAGACUUGGAAAAAUCAUUGCAGUAUUUAAACCCAAAGAUGAGGAACCCUAUGGCCAAUUGAACCCAAAGUGGACAAAAUGGCUGCACAAGCUGUGUUGCCCAUGCUGUUUUGGACGCAGUUGUUUGGUUCCCAACCAGGGAUACCUAUCUGAGGCCGGGGCCAGUCUUGUAGACAAGAAGUUGCAGUUAAAUAUAGUCCCUACUACAAAGGUUGUAAGGCUGUCCAGUAGAACGUUCAACUACAAUGCUAUUGACCGUGCCAAAGCAACCACAAAGAAAAACAUCGCAGAAAACUUCCCACAGCUUGGCAAGCGCUUUCAUAGAAUAGGCCUUCCACCCAAGCAAGGGUCAUUCCAGCUCUUCGUUAACGGGUACAAGGACGCAGACUAUUGGUUGAGACGCUUCGAUUACGAGGCAAUUCCAGAAUCCACAGCUCGCAAAUUUCAGACUUUGUUUGAACGCCUAGUUAUUCUAGACUACAUUAUUAGGAACACAGAUCGUGGUAACGACAACUGGUUGAUAAAAUAUGAAAUCGCCCAGGUUGACACUGACAAUUCUAAAGGGGACAGUGACUGGAACAUGGUGGACAAUCCAGAUAUCUCCAUAGCAGCCAUAGACAACGGGCUCGCAUUUCCCUUUAAACAUCCUGACGAAUGGAGGGCGUACCCGUAUCACUGGGCGUGGCUGCCCCAGGCCAAGGUUCCGUUCUCCCAGGAGAUCAAGGACAAGGUGCUACCCCAGCUCUCGGACAUGAACUUUGUACAGGAGCUAUGUGAUGACUUGUACAAACUCUUCAAGACUGAUAAGGGAUUUGACAGAUCCACCUUUGACAAGCAGAUGUCAGUCAUGAGGGGACAGAUUCUCAAUCUAACGCAAGCAUUGAAGGAUGAUAAGUCGCCAGUACAGCUUGUGCAGAUGCCUGUUGUUACAGUGGAACGUAACCGCUCGUCCAGUGGGCGACUCCGCACUGAUAGUGACUCAUACACACAGAGCUUCUCACAUAGAACUCCAUUCUUUUCAUGGUGCUGAGAAUUGUCAUUGUUAUGAAAAGUGUUCCAGUGCAAGUUUACAAUGUUUUUGAUGGAUAUAUUAUUGAGAAUGAAUCGAGGCAUACAACAAACUCUGAGGGGUAAAGGGAGCUUUAUUCUUUAAAACUAACUUACAAACUCCUUCUAAUUUGAAGCCGAAUAUUGAGUUAAAUCAUACUCAGAAAUACGCAUUUCAAUAGUAUGCAUAGAAUUCAUGUAAAAUACAUAUACAGUGUAUCAUAAAUUUACUAUGCAUAAUCUUAUGUAAUAAACCGUUGUACAUAGCAUAGUUCAAAAUGUCCAAAUUUCAAACCACAUAGCUAAUAAAAAAUAGUGGAAAAAACGAGGAAAAACAGGGGUAAACCACUCCACUGACUAAGAAGCCUGCUCCCUGUAACCUACAGGUCAUGACCUCGUCACAUUAUGUUUGUCGAGCUACAUAUAUUUAAUCAAUAUUUAACCUUUCCCACUCGGAAGCAACGUGAAAAUGUUUAUUCGCAAACAGCAUAAAACUAGAACAGCCUGCGAGUUACUUCAGGUGUCAUGCUUUUUGCUGCUCAUCAGUAUCUAAGGGUUGGAAAUGAAGCCUUUAAACCAUGAAUCUAGUUAGAAAGAUCUUUAAUUAAGUUUAACUUUCCAAGGAUUACAAAUGCGUCAACAUAUGAUCUUUAGAAGUGGUAAAGGGUUAAAUAGCAUCUGCCACAUAUAUUUUUAGUAUGACUUAAAGUAUACUGGUGUAGAGCUUCUAUGGAUGUGUUUUUUUGUUUGUUCGUUCCUUCGCUUUUGUUGUAAUAUGAGUUUAAUCCAAAUUUGCUAGUUUUAGAGAACAUCAAAUGUGCUUCAACAAAGCUAAAACCUUAACAUUGACUCUAACAUCAAAGUGCUUCCACCUACAACUUUGAAACUUCAUAUGUAGAUGCACCUUGAUGAGUUCUACAUGCCACACCCAUUUUGGGGUCACUAGGUCAAAGGUCAAGGUCACCGUGACCUCUAAAAAAAAAUCAACAAAAAUCUGACAAUCUUUAAUUUAUUCAAAACUGCAUCCGCAGCCGAGCGUUAUGAGUAAUCUUGUUCUGUAUCAAUUGCAGGUGCAUUUUUCUGUAACAAUUGCAGGUGCAUUUUUCUGUAACAAUUGCAGGUGCAUUUUUCUGUAACAAUUGCAGGUGCAUUUUUCGGUAAACUGUACUAAAGAGUUGCAGUUCUCAUCUGAAAUAUAGAAAUGUGAAAAGCAAGUAUAAUUCAUUGUGUGACAUACAUGUUCUUGGAUCAGUCCACUGGUAAGAGUUUGUCAUUGAAUUAAUGCAUAUUUGAUUGUGGGAAAUAAUCGUUUUCUGUCAGGGACAGCUAAGCUCGUUAUCAUACCGAUCAUGGAUGCAAGGAAGGUAAUGAACUUCUUGUGCUUUCUUUUAAAGUGUUCAAAUGAAUAUACAAGUGCUACACAGAUAUGAUUCUGGAUCCUGUGUUACGACAAAUGUAUGUUACAAAACAUUUGUUUAAAAAGCCGAAAUGUUUUUAACAAAAUUCAGUCCUAAUUUAGUCUUGUAAUAAUUAAGAUCUUUAAUAACAUAGGGACACAAUGUUAUAUAGCUGUAUUUUUCUUGCUUACGUCAUUUGUUCACAUUUCUGCUAAGCUCCAGUUGCGGAAUGAGUGCUAUUUUUAUGCUACCUGUGUCUUAUUAUUUGUUGCUUCUUAAUACAUCUGUAUGUUAAUAUCACCAUGGCUAUUUCUACCAAGUGGUCAGAACGUUUUUACCUGCUCAAAACAAUGUAAUGCAUUUAUCCAAGUCUUUGUGUUUUUAUGUCCCCCAACACUAUAGUGGGGGACAUAUUGUUUUUGCCCUGUCUGUUGGUUUGUUUGUUUGCCACAACUUUAACUUUUGCCAUAACAUUUGCAAUAUUGAAGCUAGCAACUUGAUAUUUGGCAUGCAUGUGUAUCUCAUGGAGCUGCACAUUUUGAGCAUUGAAAGGUCAAGGUCAUCCUUCAAGGUCAAAGGUCAUGUAUAUGGGGACAUAGUGUUUCACAAACACAUCUCUUGUUUAGUUUAUGUUCACACUUGACAUCAUGUCAUUUGUUUGCAUGUACUAUUUGUUUAAUCCUUUUCUUCUCAUUUCCUCCAUGUUUUACAGACAGGUACAUAUAAUAAUACAACUGUAAUAAAACUAAAUCAAUUGCGUUGCAGUUACAUAUAUUAUUCUCUUAGAAGGUCGCCAUGAUACAUUGUUAUAAUGCUCUGAAACUUUUCACACACAAAUGUAUACUUUGAUUGCCUUGAAAAAAAAUUAAAAAAACUGCGGGGGGGGGUGUUUUACUUUUCUGUUAUUUCACUUAUUUGUGUACUAUACAUUUUCAAUUAGCAGUAUAUUUGCAUGUGAGUGGAUUUAACAAUCUAAUUUGACAAUCACUUGUUUACAUUACACUUUUUUCUCUAUUCUAUUAACUUAAAUAAGAUGUUACAGAUAAUACAUUUAUAAAAGGCAAACAAAUGUGUGCAUGUGUUUUUGUUUUUUAAUUCAAAUUCAUAUGUUCAAAAGCAUUGAUUAUGAAAUCAUUGCUUGACAAUUAUUGUCCUUAUAUAACUGAUAAAUUUUUUCAUUAAAAGGUUUAAUGGGCACAUCUGCAAUACUUUGCAUCUUGAUAGACACAAUAUAAAAGUUAAUUUUUGUAUGUUAUGUAUUUACAGAAACGUUAAAACACUUGCUUGUACUCGCAUUGUUCAUGACUGUAUUUCAGGGUACAUUUUGGCUAUCUCAACUACUCCUGUAACUAUUCUUUCUGAGCCUGUCUUAGUGUCAUCAGUGACCAUUGUUUGUCAAAUGUUAUGUUAUAUGUUUAGAUGCUUAAAGAAGACCACCAGCUUAUUUAUAAAUAUUUCUUUUUCAUAAUGAAUACUGUAGUUAAUGGACAAGAAUGACAUUAUGUUUAUUUAUAAAACAUUGAUAGAAUAAUUUGUUGUUGUUUUUUUGUAUAAAUUAAGAACAAAUUAACCCUUUAAAAAAAUAUCAUGAGCAUUGAUAUUAUUGAGCAGGAAAGCUGUUGUUUCAGCUUGACAUUUAUAUAUAAUUAAACACACAUGAUUUACACUUCAAAUCCUUUUUUGUCUUAAUUUCAUAACCAAAAUAUUUGGUUUGAAUUCUAUUCAUUGCUUAGUUACAAUUAUGUUGAAGCAUAUUUUGUUAUGUUAAAAAAGUGUUCUCAUUACCUAUGGAUUUAUGUGUAGUGGAUUAGAAGGGAAGUAUGCAUGUUGACUUUGUACAAUCUUAAAUGUAUGAAAAUAAUAUUGUGAUUGAAUCAAGAUACUGAUAUGAAAUAUGUUUGUUAUUUAUUUCCUUGCAUAAUAUGUGCAAUAAAAUAAUUAUUUAAA